AUGGAUUUGUGGGUCAUUCUUCAACUAUUUUCGAGAGGCAUCGCCGUUUCACAUAUAGUCGUUCACACGAGCCUUUCUUUUAAACAGGGCAAUUUUCCGUGGAGAUGGUCGUCGUUAGAAUCUCUACGGGAUCUAAAUUUUACAUCCGCGAGUGACGUGUGAGUUCCAUUCUUUCGGUAAUAAUGUAAUAAAUUUAUCUCGUAUCGGUUGAUACAAAUGAUAUGCAAUAAAGUCAUCUGUCUGCCGCUGUGCUAGAGUGAAAGCAUUACUAUGAAGUUAAACAGUGUAUUAUUUGCUUUUUUUUGAAAAGCUAGUUUAGAAUUCUACUUAUUCCAGAAGACCUCUGACAACUUAGUUGUGUUUCAUUCAAGUUCAGUUCUGCGUUGUUUGUUCAUCUGCAUGUAUCUAUACCCAUGAUUGUGCUUAAUUUCAUUUAAGGAAGCAUCCUUGGCACAUAAAUGACCUAAACACCCUUUCUUUCCAAUCAAGCAUCUACAACACCUAUUAGUUGUUUAAAAACGACUCCAUAUGGAAAAUAGAAAACGGCAAAAACAACACAAACAAAAACAAUCGAUACAUUGAAAAAGACUACCAAAUGCUCGGCUGCGCGCGAUCCACCUGACAAGAAUAUUAAAGCGAACUCUUAAGCUUUGGAAAGAUGAAUUAGACGCUCAGUUACAAUCCUUUCUUAUUCUUUGAAGUUAUUAAGGCCUUGAUGUAUAUCUGCAGGUGGUCAUUUGGUAUUGUCCUAUGGGAAAUCGCCACUUAUGGUAAGUGUAGUCUGAUGAUACGUGCGACUUAAAGUGAUACCCUAACUACUACUAGUCAUGUUUUCGUCAUGAGCUUCCUAUCAGUGUCAGCAAGGCUCCUUAUCUUUAGCUUGUUUUUAAUACGAAGGUACUUGUGGACACAGUUGUCCUUUAAACCUUGAAACUGCUAGACAAACUUGGACUGCAAGACCAGAGGGCCGCAUGGUGUCCAGAUAGGGAAUGAGUCCUUGCUACACUCUUCUUUCCUUUGCUUAUAUCAUUUGUCACAACUUUUAAACCUUCAUUUAUUGACUGAACCAUAUGAAGCCUUUUCAGAUCUCUACUUUUUUCAUGCAUUUACUGAUGAAAUACUCAUUCAUUUUGCCGAAAAGCCCAUUUUUAAACUAUAAUUGGUAAAUCAUAUCUCCUUUCUGCCAACUAGGUGGUUUGCCAUACCCUGACAUCACUUCACCGUUUGCCUUAGUAAGCCAACUUGCUACCGGAUACCGGAUGCCUCGUCCUGAUCAAUGCUCAGAAGAAUUGUAAGCAUCAUAAGUUACAUUAAGCUUAUAGUAAUAAUUGAUAUGUAGAUUUCUAAAUAAUCGAGCCUUUACUUACGUUAUAAAAAUAUGAUUACCCAUAGUUACAGCCAAUUUUUUUUUCAGUUGAAUAGCUGGUUUCAUGUCAAGCUAAAUGACAAUUAACGUUUCAAUAAUCCUGUUUACAAGGUGUAACAUUAAGAAGACAUCUCUUUGCACUCCUCUCUAGGCUUCAUGGGGUAAAUUAAUAUGAUAAAAGUCUCCAAUAACACUUUGAGCAUAUAAUACAGGAUGUUUAAUAAUGCUUUAUUGAAUUUUUAGAUAUGAACUAAUGAGUUCUUGCUGGAAAGAAAAUCCUUUGAUGAGACCAAAAUUUUCUAAGAUUGCAAGUCAACUGAAGAGUUUUUUGCGAGAAGUCAAGGUAAUUAAUAUGAUUGUAUCAAAAAGGUAUCCAUCUCUUCCCGUAGUUUCACCUCUCGUGAUUAUGUGCCCUUUUUCAGCUAGUCAGUAUAUCUGCUCGACCUCCCUAUCCGUCCAUCCAUUCAUCCGUUCAUCUAUUCAACCAUUCAUCUAUUCAUUUAACUAUCCAUUCAUCCAUCCAGAAUCCAUCCAUUAUGUUCCAUCUUUGCCCUUUCCUGACUUCACUCCCAACUUGAUAUUAAUUCAUAUUCAACCAUUGUUAACAAUCUUAUUCAAUCUUCUCGAAAUUCAAGGGCUUAUUCGUUAUUCCUCUAAUUCCUUGCAGAGAACAUACAUAAAUAUCACAGAGGACAACAACGAAGAAGUUUGA